GCAGUUCCUCUUCCUCCCGGUCUCUCGACACUCGGCGACACUCGGCAGAGGUACCGCCACCGAUCCCGACAUCUCGGAUCCGGACCAAAUCAAAGAUGAAGCUUAGCAGUAUUCUUCGGCUGCCGGCCCUCUUGGGCGCGAUGUUGCUUGGCACCGCCGCCGUUGUCGAGGCCGAACACACAAGUAACUGGGCCGUCCUCGUCUGCACGUCCCGGUUCUGGUUCAACUACCGCCAUCUUGCCAAUGUGUUGUCCAUCUACCGCACCGUGAAGCGCCUCGGGAUCCCCGACUCGCAAAUCAUUCUCAUGCUUCCGGAUGACAUGGCAUGCAAUCCCCGCAAUGCCUUCCCCGGAACUGUGUACUCCAACGCCGACCGCGCCGUGGAUCUCUAUGGCGACAACAUCGAAGUGGAUUAUAGGGGAUAUGAAGUGACGGUGGAGAACUUUAUCCGUCUCUUGACUGAUCGUGUGGGCGAUGAGAUGCCCCGGAGCAAGAGGUUGUUGACAGACGAUCGGAGCAACAUUUUGGUGUACAUGACGGGACACGGAGGCAACGAGUUUCUCAAGUUCCAGGAUGCCGAGGAGAUUGGCGCAUUUGAUUUGGCGGAUGCUUUCGAGCAAAUGUGGGAGAAGAAGAGAUACCACGAGAUUCUCUUCAUGAUUGACACCUGCCAAGCAAACACCAUGUACAGCAAGCUAUACUCGCCUAAUAUUAUCGCAACCGGGUCCUCCGAACUCGACCAGUCGUCCUACUCCCACCACGCCGAUAACGAUAUUGGAGUCGCGGUCAUUGAUCGAUACACUUACUACAACCUCGAGUUCCUCGAAAACGAAGUCAGAGACACCAGCAGCAAGAAGACGGUUGGUGAUCUCUUUGACAGCUACACAUACGAAAAGAUUCAUUCGAACGCGGGAGUGCGCUACGAUUUGUUUCCGGGAGGGGCGGAGGCAGCACGCAGCCGUCUUGUGACGGACUUCUUCGGCAACGUACAAAAUGUGGAGGUUGAUGGUUCCAAAAACACAACUCUAGAAGAGGACAUGCUUGCGUUGAGCAAAACUAUUGCAGCGCUGAGAAAAAAGGCAGACGAAGAGGAGGCCAUCUCGGUCGGGAAGGAGGACACAACCACUACUGAGACCACGAAAGAGAUGAAGAACGAGACCCUUUUGACCCACAAGAGCCAGUUCGCCAAACCUCUUACAGAUGAUAACUGGUUGGGGAAGAAGCUCUCAGCGCUGGGAGCUGUUGUCGGAUGCGCAGUGUUAUGGCAGAUGGGGUCGUGGCUCGAAUCUGCGCAGAAAUAAAGCAGUAGGAGAGGUGGACCAUAAAACUUACAAAUAAUGU